CACAGUUUAUCCACAACCACAACCAUCAACCACAACAACAACAACGACCACAACAAACAACAACUGCCACACCCUCCUUCACUUUCCACGUUGCUUCCCCCUCCCACUCACCCACUCCACAGGGGCCAUCAUCUGACAAGAUGAUGGCAGCACGUGUUUCCGCGCGUGCUCUACCGACCAUCCUCUGCGCUCUUCUCGCAGCUGCUGGGGCGUGCUUGGCUUGUGAGAUUGUUGUGACACCGGAAUCACCAAGCAUGGACGAGAACAGCCCCGCGGGAACCGUGCUGGCGACCGUGGAGCUGGUGGGUGGGGCAUCCGGCGACUCCCUGACAUACAUCCGGCCAAACGGACUCACCCUCAACGGAAACAACGAGCUGGUCGUGGAGGAAGAGGGCGUCGUCAACGUGGAGUCUGGCACCAUGUUUCCGUCGUUCUCCGUGCGCAUCAGUGCCAUGUGCACGGAUAUUGACAUUGAGGUGACGGUGACAGACUCCAACGACCCGCCAACAGCCAUCCUGUUUGAUGGAGAGACCAUUCCUGGUCCGCCCACGCCUCUCAGUGCGUGCUUGGUGUUCCCCGAGGACACGAACACGCAUCUCAUUGAGCUGAGCACCGUGGACGAAGACAUCAACCAGGACCACGUCUACACGCUCUCGGGGCCCGACGCCGCGCUGUUUGCUGUUGUGGGCGGCGCACACCUUGGACUUGCCGCUGCCAUUGACUAUGAGAAGCACGCAAACCACGUCUUCAACGUCACCGUGACCUCCACAGACCAGGCCUUCACGGGCCAACAUGGCGGUGCUGUGGCGGGUGGCCUGCAGGUGUCGCAGGAGGUGUGCGUGCGCAUCGCAGACAUGAACGAGCGACCCAUGUUCUCGCAGCCCGUGUAUGACGAGUCGGCCAUCACCAUCCUGGGGCGCGCGUUUGCGUUGCCGCUGAACGUAUCAGACCCCGACAUCAACGCGACGCUCUCCUUCACCGUCAUCAACGCCACCCGCCUCCUUCCACCAUCUCCCAUUGUCAGCAACAGCAGCACACCCACUGCCACGGCAAGCCCGACCGUGAAUGGCACUGUGACCACAAACUCCACCUCAAUCACCAACAGCACCACCACCACCAGCAACAGCACCUCCACGGUUGCGAUGAUGAACACAACAGAAACAACAACAAUGGUCAGCACAGAGGUGGCAGUGGAAGCGAGAUUUGUGGAUGCCACAGACUUCAUUCCCAUCUACUCCCCAUCGCUACCAUCAUCGUCAUCAUCGUCAUCACAGUCCAUCAUGAUGCCGCUGCUGUAUGUGAACAACGUCUCUCUUGGAUGGAAUGACCUGCGUGUGUAUGUGCAUGUGGAGGACGAGGGAAGGCUUUCGACUGAAGCCCUGCUGCGGUUGAACCUGACUGUCUUGCCUGUGCCGCCCGCAACAACAACAAUGUUUGUGCUCUUCAACGCCACCACCUCCACCACAACCACAAUCACGACCACGACGACCACAACCACAACAACAACGACCACAACAACAGCAGCGCGUGCAGCGAGCGCAUCGUCAUGGACGAAGAACGGGGUGACGGUUGCGGCGGUGAUGAUUGCGCUCGUGCUCGUCAUUGCGCUGCUGCUGUACAUUGUGCGCAUCACCAACAACACGCAGGCAGCGACGCUGCAGCACAAGCGGUUCAAGAUGAUGGCCACAGCAGCCAUGCGGGGGAAGAUUGGCAAGAACAGGCGUCGUGGUGGUGGUGGUGGUGGUGGCACUGAUAGUGGCAGCGACAGCGACAGCGACAGCAUUGGCAGUGGCAGCAGCGAGAGUGAUAGUGAUGACGAUGUGGUGAUCAACGUCGGGAUGCGACCCGGCAACGUGUUGGAGAUGCAGCUCCUCAGCCCUUCUUCACAGCAGGGCGUGUCGUCGCUGCGACCACCAUCAACGAUUUCGGCACCCGUGGACGCAGAGGACGUGGCCCUCCUCCUCGAGUGAGUGAGUGAGUGAUGAUGAUGAUGAUGAUGAUGAUGAUG